GUUUUGACUGCUCGAAGUUUUGAUCGUAUCUGGAAACCUAAGUUUCGUUUAAUGUCACAGACGCAUCUAGGGUCGAAUUAAAGAAGUGGACUCUUACAGUCUACUGUAGUCCUAUUAUGUUCAUGUGAGAAAAAAAGUACCGUCUGCUAUUAAUAUUUGGCGUUGCCAGUGGCGGUUUGUUUUUCAAGACUAUUAAUCUUCGAGAAAUCCUUGUUUUAGAGGGUACGUUUAACAAUCUCUUGAAACGUUAACAUGGAUGAUGAAAUGGCAAACGGCUCUAUCGGCAAUUCGACGGAGAGCCCGCGAUUCGAAUUCAAUGACUACACCCAGAGAGUCAUAGUGGCCGUCAUGUAUCUGAUCGUGAUCCUGUUGGGAACCGUGGGCAACAUUAUGGUCAUUCUGGCCGUGAUGUUGUCCAAGAAGCUCCGUACGGCCACCAACGCCUUCGUGGUGAACUUGGCUGUAGCGGACUUGUCAACUUGUCUGGUCCUCCCGUGGACCGUCGUCGCCACGCUCAGCACGAACGGCUUGCCUGUCGGUGAGUGGGUGUGCAGCGUGACUGCCGUGGUACAGGCAACGGCUAUAGGUUGCAGUAUGUACACCCUGGCCUCCAUCGGACUGCAACGCCUGCUGCUGAUCAAGCGGCCUAUGACUACUUAUCGAGUCAUCUACACGCCGAGGAAGCUUGCCGUGUGGCUGGCAGUGGCUUGGUGUAUCCCGCUGCUCGUCACUCUCAUCCCACCACUCGCAGACGUGGGUGCGGUCGGCUACAACAAGAAGUACCGUCACUGUGGGUUCCCAUCCACCCAUCCCCGCUCCAACGACUACGAUCUCAUCAUAGCUGCUGGGUUAUACCCCAUCCCUCUCAUCACCAUCAUCGUCUGUUAUGUUCUCAUCUGGAAGCAUCUCCGCAAUCACGCCAAGAAGGUGACUGCUCCUGAAUCCUCAGCCGAGUCGAUGGCCACCCAGAUGACAGUGGCGUCAGAAUCAGAAGCUACCGUGAAUAGCAACCAUGCCAAGACAUUGACGGCUACGAAGGGAACCCUCCGCAAAUCCGACGUGAGUCGCCGUCAGACCGAGAUCACCAAGAACAUGUUCUACAUCGUCUGUGCCUUCUUGCUCUGCCUGACUCCGUUUGCCAUCUGCCUGUUCUACGACGACAGCGACCCGUUCCUACCCUACGCCUCUGCGAUCCUGGUCUUCAACAGUUGCGUCAAUCCGCUCAUCUACGCCACCAAACAUCGUGUUUUCAAGGCCGUCUUCCGUUGCAUCCUUCACCGCAAGUGGGAGGACAUCCCAGAACCCUCGGAUUUUCUGAAGACGCUGAUAUCGGGUAAAAUGCCAUGCUGUGGAGGGGGAGGUAUGUUCGCCUAAAACUGUGCGGACUUUCGCAUUUCGUGUAAAAAUCAUUCGGACUAUCCGGUGUUUUUUUAUAUUAAUCGCGCUUUUCUGAAUAUCGGUACGCCACUAGUAGAAAAUCUUACGAGUACUUAUUUCGAACUUUAACAGCCGCAACAAUAGCUGAGCCGUUUUAUAGCCUCAUAUUCAGGCAUCAGUUUUAACAUACUGAACGACAUCCACAAUGUGCCUGAUGUGACCUUGACUCGGAUUAAAAACUAUCAAGUUAUUUAACAAUUAAAAUAUGGUAUUUAGAAAACUAGAUAUUUAUGCAAGUGCUUUUUAAGGAAACUGAUCGCAAUGGGGAUGGUGGAUAUGUAAUAAGGUAUAUUGUAGGUUAAUUUUUGCACUCACUUUAGAUACUUUGUAAAUAUGUACAGUGUGAGUCAAAAAGAAAAGGAUUAAUUCCUUUUUUCCUUUAAAAAAGCAAUUAAAUUCGAUAUACCAAUGAAGCCUGUAUUGAACUCGUAAAAAAAAACACUCUUAUAAAAACAAAACCAAAAACAAAACCCCGGAUUAUCCAUGCUUUCAGAAGUUAGGCAUGUUUAAACGAAUCCAUUUUACAACUCCAUGGAAUUCUAAAUGCUUUGAAGCUAUUCAAGCUGAGUGAGAACCAGAGAUUUACCAAUCACAGGUAUUCAAAUAAUGACAUUUUGAUAAUUUGAAUCAAGACUGAAACAUUAAUGUUACUGUCAGAUGUUGUGUUUCGUAUAGUUACGAGGAACAGAUCAAGCCAUUUCUGACCCGAUGAUGGUGAUUUUUGUCUGUUUUCCUUUGUAAGUUUUCGUUCAUUCAUGAAGGUGGGAAAAAGACA